CCCUUUCAAGCCCAUCAUCUUCGUUACAUAAGAAGCUGUCCUGUCACUUUCAACUUUUCAUUCGCUAUCUCCCAACCACAUUCUUUACCAUCUCCCAAGAUGAAGUUCACCGCUUUCGUCGCCUCCGCUGGCCUUCUGUCUGGACUCGCCCUGGCUCAUCCCGAGGAACGUUUGACUCGCCGCGAGAUUGAGCGUAGAGCCGCGCUUUCCAAGAGAUGCGAGCCCGCCAUUGCCAAACUCAACAAGAAGCGUCACGCCAACCGCAUGGCGAAACGUCAGAUCGAUUGGUCUAAUACGACCAUUCCCGAGGCAAAGCCCUACUACGAUGUCAUUCAGAACACGACCUGCAUCCAGGUGCCGGAUAUCAUCCAAGGGCCCUAUGUCUGGCCCCAGUCUGAGCUUCUGAGGACUGAUAUGAGUGAGGACCAGCCAGGUGUCCCUCUCCUGAUGGACAUUGGAGUUCUUGACAUGGCUACUUGCGAGCCGCUUACGGACGUGAUGGUGAGCCUCUGGCACGCUAACGCCACGGGUUCCUACUCGUCCUUCACCGCUUUGGAUCCAAACCUACUCUUUGGCGAUCUCCUGACGAGCCUCAACAUGACCAGGGCCGACAUGGUUUACGGUGUGACUGACAUCCACACGGACGACACGACGUUCCUGCGCGGGAUGUAUCCGACCAACCAUGAGGGUGUGAUGGAGAUGAAGACAGUCUUCCCGGGUUUCUAUGCGGGCCGCAGCCUCCACGUCCACAGCCAGGUGUACACGGACUACACUCUCUUCCCCAAUGGCACCAUAAGCUCUGGGAAUCUUGUCAGCACCGGCCAGCUUUACUUUCCUGAGGCACUGUCGGCAGAAUUGAUGGCCCUGGAGCCCUACGUGAGCCACACCCAGACCCCUCGUGUCACCAACGACGUGGACCAGUUCUUCCCAGACGGCUUGGAGAAUGGCUGGAACCCAGUUUUCGAUGUUAUUCCUGCCGACGGCGUCGAUCCCAAGAAUGGCAUGAUCGCAUACAUCACUAUGGGUAUUGAUACCGCCAACAUCCAACCAGCCCCCAUGAACAUCAAGGCUCCUGGUGAAGUGUAAUAAUCUACACGAGCCGAUCUAUCUCAACUUGAUUCGCCUUUUUUCCUUCUUUUUCUUUCUUUUACAGAACCAGUGCUUGUACAUUUUUUUCCUCCACAUGAACUCUUGACGCGGAACUCUCGC